UUCGUUAGUGGAAAUAUUUCUUUUUUUAAUGUUAAUUUUCAUUAUUUCAUUUUUGUUCAUUCCAAUAACCUUGAGUUGCACUCCACAGUGUACACGACAUGGAUGAAGCAACAUGGAGGUGUGAUCGUUAACAUUAUUGCUGACAUGUGGAAAGGCUUUCCGGGCAUGGCCCACACAGGCGCAGCCAGAGCAGCAGUGGAUAACUUAACAAAGAGCCUGGCCAUUGAGUGGGCUGCCUCAGGUGUCCGAGUCAACGCUGUUGCCCCGGGCACAAUUUUCUCUAAAUCGGCAAUGGAGAACUACAAGGAGCUCGGACCAACCCUUUUCAAGAUGUCUGUCACUUUUAGUCCUGCAAAGAGACUUGGAGUACCAGAAGAGAUUUCAUCUGCAGUUUGUUUCCUGCUCUCUCCUGCCGCCUCCUACAUUUCUGGAGCCACACUGAAGGUUGAUGCAGGGCAGAGUCUGUACCACUCCAUGUGGGAGAUACCCAAUCAUAGUUCGUGGCCCGAAAGUCCAGAUGGGGAAAACCUGGAUGCACUCAAGGACUUACUCAAUCCCCAAAGCAAGCUAUAACUCAUUCGUCCCACGAUGAUACCACAAAAACAUGUCAUCAUCAAAUACAAUACUGUCUGAUUUAGACAAAACACAGAUAUGCUAUGAAUAUACAAUUGUGGGGUUUCUUGUAAUACUGGAAACGUUUGAAUGUGAAUAACUAAUUAUCUGUGACAAUUACGAUAAUGUGUAACAUGUUGUACAUGUUAAAUAAAUGUAAUUACUGUUUCUAGAUGA